AUGGCCCCCAGCACUUCAGGGUUCAAGUGUUGGAAGCCACCAGUUGAGGUUCCUCAACCGAAGCUUCGGGGGAAAUUGAAGCGAUUUCUAGGCAAAGUCAAACAUAGGAUAAGCCAAUAUCGCAGUCCUGGUGAUGAGAGCCCUCCAGCUGGUGAUGAGUUAAGCCCUUACAUUCCAAUGCUCCUGUCAUGCAAACUGCUGUCUUCGGAGUGCCUCAAAUCUCUCUACGAGUCUAUCACAUUUGUGUUCACUGAUAUCCUUGCUCUGGAGAGAUUCAUCGGGGUGUGCCAACCAAACGCGACUAGAGAGCUACGCACAAAUGAUAAAAAUAAGCCAGCCGGAUUUCUCAAAUAUACUCGAAACCUCGAGUUGACGCUCUCCCCGUUAUUCCACCUCGAUAUCUCGUGUUUCAAAACACAUGAGAGAGGCUCCGCGGAAAACUUACACAAUCCAUACGACUUCCACUGGCUUAAACUUGGCCAAUUUGAAAACCUCACCAGCCUCAAAAUUUGGGCUUCAGCUCGGGAGUUUCGAUUCUACAACCUCUCCUAUGAUGUAUAUAUGAAAAUAAUAAACGAAUUGGACCUUGAGGGCCUAAAGAACUUCUUCUCGCCCUCGCGGAUCUACAAGAAGUUCUCGUGA